UAUAUAUGUAUAUAUAAUAUUAUUUAUAAAGUCGUUUAUAAAGCCCAAUGGAUAUAAAUAUUAAUAUUAAUAAUAAUAGUAUAGAUGUUAGUAAUGAUAGUAAUAAUGAAAAAAUUAAUAAUAUAAAUAAUAGUAAUAAUAGUAAUAUAAAUAAUAGUAAUAAUAGUAUUAAUAAAACAACUUCAACAUCAUGCAUGAUAUCAGCAUUAUCAUCAUCAUUAUCAACAUUAAAUAAUAUUUCCCUUAGCAGUAUUUUUGAUAUUAUCGGUAUAAAUUAUAAAAGUGGUCUCGAUGAUGAUAUUAAUGUAAAAAAAGAAAAGAUGUUAAAGUUUGACAGCUACUUUUAUUCCUUUGGUAAUUAUGAAGAAGAGGAAAUGUUUGAAUUUUUCAAAAGUUUUAUUAGAGAAACUCAAUAUGAUAUGUCAGGUGGUUGCCUUUUAGUUCAAGUAAUGGAAAGAUACCCAAACUACAUAGAAUAUUUAUUUAAAAGUGAUGAAAAGAGUAUCAGAAUUCAAAAGAUAAAUAGAGUUUUUAUUGAAUUGUUUGAUAAGAUAUUAGAAUUCGCAUUGGAUGAUUUUAAAAAGACAAAAUAUGCAAAUGCAAUACAUACAAAGUCUAUAAUAACUUAUGUCGACUUAUAUAGAAUUCUACUAACAAAUCCAAGUAUCAAACUUUUAACAAGGGAUUCAAUAAUUAAAAUUAUAGACUUGUUUAUAGACUUUUUAAAAAGAACAGAUUUAACAAUCUUAAAUUAUUAUUUUGUAUUUUCAAUAAUAGAAUUCAAGAAAUAUUUAAACGAUGAUCAGUUUUUUAUUGAACAAUAUGGUAAAGAUAUUACCCAUUUAUUUUUCUCAAAGUGUAUAGCUGAUGAUGAUUAUAUAAAGAAAACUUUAUUUUUAAUUACAACUGGAAACCAAGCAUCAAGAUCCAAUACAAUUCAUUUUAAAUUACCAAGAGAAGUGUAUCAGAAAAUAAGAAAAGACCAUAUUCAAUAUAUUGAUUUUAUUAUUGAUAUGGUCAAGUUACAAGAAAAAAAAGAAAAUAAGAAAAACAAGAAAAAUAAACAAGAUGAAGCAUCAAAAUCAACAUCCAAGAACCACCAGAAACAAAAAGAUAGCAAUAAAAAAGAAAAAAUUAAAUAUAAUGAAUGUUUGUUUUUAAUUUUAAAAACAAUGGGC